AUGAGGCUUCCAGAAGAACUGUGCGUGUUAGGCCUCUCACUGCUGGCUCCUGCAGUUUUGUACACUAUGAACAAUGUCCCUGCACUCCAGGAGCCUCUGCUUAUCCUGGGAAUGGGAAUGGCUAUCCUGGGAUCUAUUCUUCUUCUACUACUCCUUCUAACAAUGCCACAUAAGAAGGCAGUAGACCCUUUAUUUUAUGUGUUUGCAGAGUUUUCUUUCACUUGUUUGGUGGGCUUGACCAAUGCACUGGAGCAGGAUGGCUUCAUAUCAGGCUUCAUGAGCUUCUACCUCAAGAUGGGAGAGCCUCAUCUGAGUACUGCCUAUGCUGUCAUGAUGUCAUACUGGGAAGGUGUCGUUCAUUUUAUUCUCUUCCUAAUGAUCAUUCACCGCAUGUUCAGAGGAAAGUCCUACCGCAGUCUGGCACUGUUUUGGGUGGGAUCCUCCAUCGCGCAUCAGCUUGUUCACAUCCCUGGGGUGGUUGUGGGUAAACACGGAUCAAACAUUCAUCCAGCUUUUUGGAGAAACAUCCCCUUCUUUUUAGCACCUUUCUGGGCAGCUGUCCUUCUUUUUAGCAGGUCAAGAGAGAUGCCAAUCAUCACAGCAGACAGGAUCGAAACCGAACAAAAAAAAAGUUUGCUCUCCCGUCCUCUUGACCUGCAACUUGCACUAUUGCUACUCGCAGGUGUGGCCGUCUCUGUUUUUAGAGGCUUUGUGGUGCUGGAUUGUCCUCUAGACUUUUGCUUUAAAUACAUCUAUCAGUUUGAACCGUAUCUCAAAGAUCCAGUGGGCUUCCCCAAAGUCAUGAUGCUGGUCUAUUUGUUCUACGCUGUCCCCUUACUGACAGUCUUCAUCUGUGGUCUGGUAAAACCAGGAUGCAGCUGGAUGCUGGAUUGGACUGUCUUCUUCGCUGGAGCUGCUGCUCAGGCCCAGUGGUGCCACAUCGGAGCAUCUCUACACUCCCGCACUCCCUUCACGUACCGAGUCCCUGCAGACAAAUUGUGGACCGUUAUCACCUUCAAUGUGCUCCUUGCUGUUGUGCCCGCUCUGCUGGCUUUGCACUGCCACAAUAAUCCUGCCUAUUUCAUGAAACCUGUUCCCCAAGGACAAACCGAUAGCAACAAGAAGAAAAAGUAG